AUGACCUACCCUCCAACCGUCGCCUUUCAGGAGGCAGACUUGAAGACUUUGAACCCAAUGUCCUCGGAAAAAUUCACACCCACCGCACCGUCUCUGAACUCUUCUUGUUCAGGGACCCCUCGCCCACCAGGCACCGAGGAUGCGGUGGAUCCCUCGUCCGCGGAAGACGAAACAGAAGUCUCCAUCUUUGACGAGGAUGAGGUCUAUGAGUCCGACACGUCGAGUCUUACGGCCUCGUUGCUCUCAGAUAUUAAAGAGCACGUCUACGAGAAUGGCCGGAGGUACCAUUCCUAUCGCGAAGGCCAAUACGUCCUGCCGAAUGAUGAGCAGGAACAAGACCGACAGGAUCUCCUCCAUCACGUCCGAAAUCUGGUCCUGGACGGCGCGCUCUUUCGUGCACCGUUACAGAAUGGCUCCAUCCAACGAGUGUUGGACAUUGGCACAGGGACUGGAAUCUGGGCCAUCGACUUGGCAGACAGUUAUCCCAGCACCGAGGUCAUCGGUACUGAUCUGAGCCCCAUUCAGCCAUCUUGGAUCCCGCCGAAUCUGCGAUUCUUGGUGGACGACGCAGAGGCCUCCUGGUAUUUCAACAAAAAUCGGCCCUUUGACUUUAUUCAUGCGCGCGAUUUGGGCGGCGCCAUCGCAGAUUGGCCGCGGCUCUUGCAACAGGCGCAUGAUCAUCUUAAGCCUGGAGGCUGGAUUGAGUUGCAAGAGUUUGAGGUCACUCUCAAGUCAGACGAUGGAUCAAUGGAUCUGGCGCCCACACUGCGCGAGUAUCUGGAUCACUUGCACCAAGCAAGUCUGGCGAUUCAAAGGCCGAUGAAUAUUGCCGAGGGUCAUCGACGUCGACUGGUGAGCGUGGGCUUUGAAGAGGUGCGAGACGAGAUCUACAAGGUUCCAUCAAGUGGGUGGUCUACCGAUCCAGUUCAGCAAGAGAUUGGACGCUACAAUCUCUGCUCAUUAUUGAUGGCAGUCGAGUCAUACUCUCUGGCGCUGUUCACCAGGGUGCUUGGCUGGUCGAAUACGGAGACCCAAGUGUUCCUGGCUGGCGUUCGUAGAGACCUCCGAAAUCCCGAGGUCCACACGUACUGCAAUCUGCACGUUGUCUACGGUCGCAAGCCGGAUCACGAAUCACAGCGCGUCAUUACUUGA